AUGAACAACAUUCACCUGCACCACCAAGAAUUUCUAUUUUAUUUGAAAGCAAGCAACGAAUUAACGUACAAUUUUCAGAAAGUAAUUUUGACGAUGAUCUAUUUAAAUUUAUUCGAGAUUAUAUUGCUCCUAACGUAAUUUAUCACUUAUACUUUGAAAAUCCAGAUAUAUAUGAAAAAUUUUCUGUUGUUCUACAAAGGAUGUUUAAGUCCGAUACUUUGAAAUUCAAAAUGUGUAGAACCAAAUUAUUCGACGUUACUGAUAUCAAGGAUAUUAUCCGGAAUUACCACGAAAGCAAGUUGAAUCAUCGUGGAUUUGAGGAAACGCAUCAGAGAAUAAAAGAAAAAUAUGUUUGGCCUAACUGGGAAAAAUCAAUUCAAACAUUUAUAUAUAUGAAUGUGAAGAUUAUCAACAAUGUAGAUAUGAGCGUCAUCAAAACCUUUUGAAAUCGUACAUAUCGAUACUUUCACUUUUGAUGGUUCAUAAUUUCUCACAAUUAUAGACAGUUUUUCUAAAUAUGCUCAAGCAUAUCAGAUUACUUCGCUUUCAGGAACUGAAAUUGCUGAUAAUCUGAUAUUAUUCUUUUCUCAUCACUGAAUUCCUACCCGAAUUAUCACAGACAAUGGCCCUGAAUUCAAAAAUACCGUUGUAACUGAACUUUUGUCACUUCAUAAAAUUAAGCUUCAUUUUAUUUCGCCAAAUCAUCCAGAUUCUAAUGGAGUCGUUGAAUGAUUUCAUUCAACUAUCACCGAACAUUUAAGAUUGUUGAACACAUAAGGCUUUCAGAAAACCCCUAUAAAAAUGAAAAUGUUGUAUGCCAUUUUAGCCUACAACCACACCUUACAUUCUGACAUAAAAUUAAAGCCUAUAGGUAUAAUCAAUGGACAUAUUACGUCGAAUGGAUCAUUCGAUAUCAAAAUCGACCAAUUACUCCUCAAUGACUAUACUAACAGCAACAAAGGGCGUACAAAGCUAUUGUAUUCAAAAAUAAAUUCUGAUCUCAUUCAAAACAAAGAGAAAACGCUAGAACGCGUUAACAGUGAUUGCGAUAGUCGGACUAUACUUGAUAACCGAGAAACAGUAUACGUUCCCAGGAAUCAUAGGAAUCCAUGGUACGAUAACGUUGAAAAAUUUAGAAAAUAACCUA